CCUUUUGUUCUCAUGGAAGGAAAAUUUUAAUCCCCAAUAUUAAAGAUUUUUUUUUUUUUUUUUUAUAGGUUAUGGAUGUUGAACAUUUCAACGAGGCCCAAGGCCCAAAUACAGAAUAAGGCUAAGAAAGUAAGUCCCGGCUGAAUUCUCUAACAAAAGGAUCGAGAAUCAAGACCGAAACAAGUGUUAAAGACACGAAAUCAAACGGUGGGCGAUGGUGAGAAAUUUCUGGCGGCUCCAUAACAAAGAAUUAAUUUCUUGCCUGGGACGAAAUAUUUAUUUUAUUUUAAAUUCGACAUCCAAUUGAAUACUGAAAACAAUCAAACGAAAGACAGAAAGUGAAAGAUGGUGCUAUGGGAGAUCACGUUGGGAACUGCCUAUUUCUUAGGCCUCAAACGCACUUACAGACUCGCCUUGAGGAUUCAACGUAGGCUUGUUUCUCCUAAUCGCCCUAAGGUCCGCAACUUUCUUCAGAGACGAACACGUGCUGCUUUUGAUGUAGCACUCAGGGUUCAUCAGAAUAUACAACAGAGAGACUUAGAGGUUGGUAGGAAUCUUGGCAACUGGAUCCUACGUUGGCUGGACCGGAUGAAACCUUCUGCUCAGAUCCGUGGUACCUCGCCACUGAAACCACCAAGCUCAAAUGUGAAAAUGACAAAGCAGACAAGCAGCUCUUCCCAACUGAAAACUCCUGGGAGCAUCCAGUCCAGGAACCAGGAUUCUGGCAGGCAUCUGUUCACUGGAUCAAGAAAUACGUGGUCUAAGCCUUUUCCUACAAUUGCAAUGAUCAUGCGGCCACCAAGACCUGCUGGGACAAUUACCCAAUACAGACACUUGUUCAUCAGGGGACCUGAAAUGGCAAGUACAAGCUACAUUGGUGGAGCAAGGGGGUUUGAGGGAGUUAUUAGGAAAGACAUAAUGCAGUACAUGCUGCAACACUGACAAGCAAAUAUUUCUGUUUUGGCUUUCAUGUGGAGGGUGUUCGAGUUUUGAGAUCAAUCCUUGCAAGAAAUUGGCUGAGGUGUUAUUUCGAGAGGAGAUACGUUUUGCCAAGACCAUUGGCUAAAACCUUCUUUUGUUUCUUCAUCGAAUUUUGAUAAUAAUCUCUCUUUCUGGUUUUUGUAAA